GUUGUGUUGGAAGCCACCUCCCUCCAUUUCUAUCUGUGACCAUGGCUGACACAAGUGACCUGGACCAUCAGAUAGAGCAGCUAAUGCGCUGUGAACUCAUCAAAGAAAGUGAAGUGAAAGUGCUGUGCGCCAAAGCCAGGGAAAUUCUUGCUGAGGAGAGCAACGUUCAACAAGUAGAUUCCCCAGUCACGGUUUGUGGGGACAUCCACGGGCAGUUCUAUGAUCUCAAAGAGCUCUUUAAGGUUGGAGGUGACAUUCCUGAGACCAACUAUUUGUUCAUGGGAGAUUUUGUUGACCGAGGUUUCUACAGUGUGGAGACAUUCUUGCUGCUACUGGCGCUGAAGGUUCGCUAUCCGGACAGGAUCACGUUGAUCCGGGGUAACCACGAAAGCCGGCAGAUUACUCAGGUCUAUGGCUUCUAUGAUGAGUGUCUGCGUAAAUAUGGAUCGAUUACAGUGUGGAGGUACUGUACGGAGAUCUUCGACUACCUUAGUCUCUCUGCUGUUGUGGAUGGAAAGAUCUUCUGUGUUCAUGGUGGCCUCUCUCCAUCUAUCCAGACUCUGGAUCAGAUCAGAACAAUUGACAGGAAGCAGGAGGUGCCCCAUGAUGGUCCAAUGUGUGAUCUCCUCUGGUCUGACCCAGAAGAUACCACCGGCUGGGGCAUCAGUCCUCGAGGAGCUGGCUACCUCUUUGGCAGUGAUGUUGUUGCCCACUUCAAUGCUGCCAACAGCAUAGAUCUGAUUUGCCGUGCCCACCAGCUGGUGAUGGAGGGUUAUAAGUGGCACUUCAAUGAGACCGUGCUAACUGUUUGGUCAGCCCCCAAUUACUGCUACAGGUGUGGAAACGUCGCAGCCAUACUUGAAUUGGACGAACAUUUGGAGAAGGAAUUUACAAUUUUUGAAGCUGCCCCUCAAGAAUCGCGAGGGGUGUCGGCCAAAAAGACAGUUGCUGACUACUUCCUCUGAAGGACGGCCCCUCCUCUCACCACCCCCACCUCCACCCAUUCCAAACCUCUGCCUGAAACCUCUGUAUAAACCCUGAGCCUGCCGAAGAAUUCUGUGGAGGGAAGGGCGACGAAAGUGUAUGGUAUUUUCAAACUCUACGUACAUUCCUGAAGGCAUGCACUCGCCAACCUGACUCUGAAGGAUUGCCAUAUCUGUAUGGGACAGCAGUGAGCUCGAGCUCUU